GAGAAGUUGCAAACGCCGAAGAGCAGCAGCGGAGAACGGAGAGGAGCGGGGGGAAGGAGGAAUAACGCGAGCCCCGAGCCAGGCGCUCCCGCAGCCCCGCCAUGGGCAACGCGGCCGGGGGCUUGGACGGGGGCGCUGCGGGGCGGGACGGCCGCGACCCCCGGCCGCCCGUGCCCCCCCCCAGCGCCGCCGCCGCCCCGCAGCCCCCCCGGCAGCCCAUGCCCGCGGCUGCCGAGCUGGAGGAGAGAUUCGGGCAGGUCCUGAACUCCAUGAACCUGCCCCCAGACAAGAUGAAGCUGCUCAACCAGUAUGACAACGAGAAGAAGUGGGAGCUCAUCUGUGACCAGGAGCGUUUCCAGGUGAAAAACCCCCCGUCUGCCUACAUCCAGAAGCUGAAGAGCUGCUUGGACACAGGCGGCGUCAGCAGGAAGUUCAAGAGGCGAGUGCAGGAGUCGACCCAGGUGCUCCGGGAGCUGGAGAUUUCCUUGAGGACCAACUACAUCGGCUGGGUCCAGGAGUUCCUCAACGAGGAGAACAAGGGGCUGGACGUGCUGCUGGAGUAUCUCGCCUUCGCCCAGUGCUCCGUCGCGUACGACAUGGAGAGCGCUGAGAACGGCAGCCCCGGCUCCGACAAGGGCAAGGGCCUGGAGCGCUCGCUGGAGGACCUGAGCAAGGGCAGCUCCUCGUCGCCCCCCCUGCUCUCCUCCAAAGUGCGGCACCUCACUGUCAGGCUGAAUCCCUCGCACAGCAGGAAGGCGCUGAGGAGCUCCCGCCUGGUCAGCCAGAAGGACGACGUCCACCUCUGCAUCAUGUGCCUCCGCGCCAUCAUGAACUACCAGUCUGGCUUCAGCCUGGUGAUGAACCACCCAGCCUGUGUCAACGAGAUCACCCUGAGCCUCAACAACAAGAACGCCAGGACCAAGGCGCUGGUGCUGGAGCUGCUGGCCGCUGUCUGCCUGGUCCGAGGUGGCCACGACAUCAUCCUGGCCGCCUUCGACAACUUCAAGGAGGUGUGUGGGGAGAAGAACCGCUUUGAGAAGCUGAUGGAGUAUUUCCGGAACGAGGACACCAACAUCGACUUCAUGGUGGCCUGCAUGCAGUUCAUCAACAUCGUGGUGCACUCGGUGGAGAACAUGAACUUCCGCGUCUUCCUGCAAUACGAGUUCACCCACCUGGGCUUAGACCACUACCUGGAGAGCCUCCGUCUCACUGAGAGCGACAAGCUGCAGGUGCAGAUCCAAGCCUACCUGGACAACAUCUUUGACGUGGGGGCCAUGCUGGAGGAUGCCGAGACCAAGACGGCUGUGCUGGAGCACAUGGAGGAGCUAGAGGAGAACGUCACCCAGUUGACGGAGAAGCUGCAGGAUGCGGAGAACGACUCCAUGGCCAAGAUCGCAGAGCUGGAGAAGCAGCUGAGCCAAGCGCGGCGGGAGCUGGAGGCGCUGCGGGAGCAGCUGAGCCCCCUGCAGCCGCCCAGCCCACCGGCCCCGCAGCCGCAGGAUGGCUACCGGCGGGCGCUGGAGCGGCGGCUGGCCGAGCUGGAGGAGAAGGGCUUGGUGCAGAUCCUGCGGGGGCCCGAUGGGGACGUCGCCAUCGAAAUCGUCCCCGUCGUCAUAGAAACCCCGGCAGCCCCCGUGGUUACCGGAGAGGCCGCCACCACCACUGCCACCACCGCCACUGCCACCACCGUCAUCACCAGCACCGCACCAUCUCCCCCACCAGCAACUGCCCCCCCCACCCCGCCCCCCCCUCCGCCCCCUCCCCCGCUGCCGGGGGCUGAUCCUGCCCCCCCCCCGCCCCCCGCACCCCCUCUGCCCCCCGGCACCAGCCCCCCCCCUGCCCCCCCACUCCCGGGCACCCAAGUGCCCCCCCCACCCCCCCCACUGCCGGGGGGGCUGGAGGGUCCCAUCCCCCCCCCUCCACCACCCCCACCCCUAGGGGGGCAGCUCCCAGCCGGGCCAGAUGCCCCCAGUGCCACCAGCGGUCCAGUGAAGGUGAAGAAGCCUAUCCAGACGAAGUUCCGCAUGCCCAUCUUCAACUGGGUGGCCCUGAAGCCCAGUCAGAUCGACGGCACCGUCUUCACCGAGCUCAACGACGAGAAGGUGCUGCAGGAGCUGGACAUGAGUGACUUUGAGGAGCAGUUCAAGACCAAGGCACAAGGCCCCGGCUUGGACAUCAACACCCUCAAGGCGAAGGCCACGCAGAAGCCUCCCAGCAAGGUCACCCUCAUGGAGUCCAACCGAGCCAAGAACUUGGCCAUCACCCUCCGCAAGGGUGGCCGCAGCGUCCAGGACAUCUGCACGGCCAUCGAGACGUACGACCAGCAAGCCCUGAGCCUCGACUUUCUGGAGCUGCUGCUGCGGUUCCUGCCCACCGAGUACGAGCGGACGCUGAUCGGGAAGUUCGAGCGGGAGCAGCAGCCGCUGGAGGAGCUGUCGGACGAGGACCAGUUCCUGAUCCGCUUCAGCAGGAUCCCGCGCCUGGCCGAGCGCAUGAACGUCAUGAUCUUCCUGGGCAACUUCAACGACACGGCCCAGCUGCUCAUGCCGCAACUCAACGCCAUCAUCGCCGCCUCCAUGUCCCUCAAGGCCUCCAGCAAGCUGCGCAACAUCCUGGAGAUUGUCCUGGCCUUCGGGAACUACAUGAACAGCAGCAAGCGCGGGGCGGCCUAUGGCUUCCGGCUGCAGAGCCUCGACGCGCUCCUGGAGAUGAAGUCGACCGACCGCAAGCAGACACUGCUGCAUUACCUGGUGCGGGUGAUCACGGAGAAGUACCCCGAGCUGACCGGCUUCCACACCGAGCUGCACUUCCUCGACAAGGCGGGCGCAGUGUCCCUGGACGGCGUGCUGCAGGACGUGCGCAGCCUGCAGCAGGGCAUGGAGCUGACGCGCAGGGAGUUCAUGAGGCAGGACGACAGCCUCGUGCUCAAGGAGUUCCUCAAGGUCAACUCCGAGGUGAUGGAGAAGCUGCAGGCUGACAGCAAAACUGCCAAGGAGGCGUACAAGUCGGCUGUGGAGUAUUUUGGGGAGAACCCCAAGACCAGCCCCCCCACCACCUUCUUCCCCAUGUUCAUGCGCUUCAUCAGAGCCUACAAGCAAGCAGAGCAGGACAUCGAGCUGUGGAAGAAACAAGAAGCUGCGGCCAAAGAGGCAGAAUCCAGCCCCCCCGGCAGCGAGGACCAGCCUGAGCUGCCCACCCAGAAAGCCAAGCGGCAGCAGAUGGACAUGAUCGCCGAGCUGAAGAAGAGGCAGAUGGUGAAGGAGCCGCUCAUCUACGAGGGAAAAGACGGAGCCAUCGAGGAUAUUAUCUCAGACCUGCGGAACAACCCGUACCGGCGCGCAGACAAGAGCCGCGGCAGCGCCAAGAAACGGGCCGGGGGACAGAGCCUGCAGGUGACACCGGACAUCUCGCUGUGACCGGCGCCGGCCCUGCAGCUGCCGGCACUGGGGCAGGACCGUCCUCCCGACGCAGAUGGGACCACAGGACGUCAACGCGCUGGCCCGGAACGAUGCGGGGCGGUGGGACAGCUCUGCUCCGAGCUGCUCCAGCUGCUUACUGUGCCAGCUCCUGUCCCAUGUGCCCUUGGGACCCCCGGUGCUUGCUUAGCCAUGCCCCUGAGCUCCUCUCCCCCAGGCUGGGGGACCCUCCUGUGAACAGGCAGGGAAGGGGGAGCGCAGAAUGGGGACUCCGCUUGUCCUGGAAGGAGCAGAGGGGCUGCCCCAUCCCACCCCAUUGUCACCCCAGAGAUGCCCCAUCCCGUCCCAUCAUCCCAUCCCACCCCACGCCAUCAUCUCAGGGUCAGCCCCGCACCGCUGUGCCCCACUCCUCAGCUUGCUGGUGCCUUGGAUUUCCCGCUGCAGGAGGGGACAGCGGGGGACGCCAGGGCCGCAGCAGCCCCUGCACGUGCCCCCGAAUCCCCCAGCCCCGCAGAACCCCCUGAGCCCCGCGUUCUCCUCUGCGCUCCGGCGAGGAACCCGCUGCAACGACCUCAGCCCGGGCACGUCCCGUACCCCAGGAGCUGGCAGGGGUGCUAUUUUACAGGGAUUUUCUAUGUCUUCCUUCAAAUUCCCGUGUGCUACGGGGACCGGAGCACCCACGUGCAGGUGUCACCAGGCCGCGGGUCAGCACCGGCUGCUCCUCGCUGUGGGCUCCGCGGCUCUGGCCAUCAGCGGCAGGUCGAGGAUUCACCGUCCCCAGGUUUCUGCGGGGCGGCAUCACCUCCACGGGUCACACCGGUGACCGUCAGCGCUCGGGGAGCCCGAGGCCGCUUGCCAGCAGCCACAGGACACGACAUGCAGCCUCCAAACCACCAUCCCAGGUCACGGCUGGAGACAGAGGCCGGAGCUGCACAAGCCUCCAAAUACCCCGUUUCCCCAAAAAAGUGACAGGGUCUUAUAUUAAUUUCUGCUUAAAAAAGAUGCACUAGGGCUUAUUUUCAGGGGAUGUCGUAUUUUUCCAUUUAUUCUUGAGCAAAAAAAUUCAAAGUUUAUUGAAAUAUAGUCACGUCAUCAGAUUCUGUCACAUCUGUCCUGCUGCAUUCCAUCGCAAAUUAAUUUUACUUGUAUAGCUGCCUGGACACUAUUUAAAUUGACUUUUUAAAUGAACUGUGACUAGGGCUUAUUUUUGAAGUAGGGCUUAUAUUUUGAGCAUCCUCAAAAAUCCUGAAAAAAAUCACACUAGGGCUUAUUUUCAGGGUAGGUCUUAUUUUUGGGGAAACAGGGUAACACACUGGGCUUGAUUCCUUUCCUGCCCUGCUGAGUAAAUCCAAACCUGUUAACGCUUUGCCUUCGUUAAACAGCCCCUGCUCGCCCAGCUGGGAGGACAUGUGGCUGCCGUGUACAUUUUCGCUAGCCCUGGCUUUUAGGCCAGGCUUAAGUCCUCGCUCUAAGCCAGGGCAGCGACUGCUUCCUGCUGUAAUUAAGCUGCUCCGUGCCGGCCGGCUCAGGAUGGCGCCCAAGCUCUGAGGGGAGGGAAGGGAAAUGAAUGUGUAACUUAUAAAUGCCUUUAAGCCAGAAAUGUAAAACAUUAACUGCUAAUUUGUAUACAUUAUUUUUAUAUACUGAAGGCCUGUUUAAUCUAAAGCAGAACUGGUAAUAAAACAACUCUAGGAUAAA